AUGGCACGCAGCACAGCAACCGACAGUCUUCCACCAUUAGCGGUGGUGGGCCUCUCCUUCAAAUUUCCCGAGGAUGCAACUUCAUCAGAUGCCUUCUGGCAGAUGUUGCUCGAAGGCAGAUGCGUUUCGACCGAGUUCCCUGCCGAUCGGAUGAACAUCGACGCCCACUACCAUCCCGAUCGCAACCGCCUCGACAGCAUCUCAAUGCGCGGAGGACACUUUCUCAAGGAGAAUCUAGCGGCAUUUGACGCGCCUUUUUUCUCGAUGAGUGCGGCGGAAGCGGAAGCAAUGGAUCCCCAGCAACGUAUGGUUUUAGAGACGGUCUAUCGAGCCUUGGAAAACGCAGGUCUUCCAAUGGAGAAAGUUGCCGGCUCUAAGACCAGUGUCAUUGCAGGCUCAUUCAGCGAUGACUACUUUCUGCUGCAGACCAAAGACCCGCUAGAUAUGCCUAAAUACACGGCCGUGGGCACGUCGCGGAAUAUGCUUGCUAAUCGAGUCAGCUGGUUUUUUGAUCUUCUAGGACCGAGUGUCGCGGUUGAUACUGCAUGUUCAAGCAGCUUGAUCGCCUUGGAUAUGACAUGCCAGUCUAUUUGGAGUGGAGACGCUGCUAUGGGCCUGGCAAUCGGGAGCAAUGUGAUCCUAACCCCAGAAUUGACCAUGAGCUUGGAUAAUUUGGGACUACUAUCGCGGGAUAGCCACAGCUACAGCUUUGACAGCCGAGCAAAUGGAUAUGCAAGAGGCGAGGGAAUCGGUGUCAUUGUGAUCAAGCGACUCGAUAGUGCUAUACGUGAUGGAGACACCGUUAGAGCCGUUAUAAGAUCAUCCUCUUCAAACCAGGAUGGAAAGACACCCGGUAUCACGCAGCCUAGCAAAGAUGCGCAGGUCCGCUUAAUUAGAGAUACGUACAAAAAGGCUGGGCUGGAUAUGGCAUUGACCCGGUAUUUCGAAGCGCAUGGCACAGGGACCCCUGUUGGUGACCCAAUCGAAACGAGAGCGAUAGGGACCGCUUUUCGCCGGUAUAGGUCGCCUGAGGAGCCAUUAUACGUCGGAUCUGUCAAAUCAAACAUAGGGCAUCUUGAAGGAGCUAGUGGUGUUGCUGGAGUCAUCAAAGUGAUCUUAGCAUUGGAGAAAGGCAUCAUCCCACCGAACAGCCGAAACCUGCAGUCCCUUAAUCUACAAAUUGACGAAGAGUUCCUCAAUCUAAAGGUGUUGCAAAAGGCCAUUCCAUGGCCUGUGAAUGGCCUACGAAGAGCUUCCGUGAGCUCGUUUGGUUUCGGCGGGUCGAAUUGCCAUGUCGUCUUGGACGAUGCGUUCAAUUCCCUUCGCCUUAUGGGUAUAGAAAACGGCCGUCAUCAGACAGUCGCCGUACCUCCAUCGCACGCAGACACUGGUCUGGUGGCUCAAGGGAAGCGUUACGCCAUAAAUGACGAAGUCCGUAACUUAACUGACGAUCAUGUCAUUGGACAAAAGGAAAAUGGAUCGCUUGACAAGGAGGAGAACUACCAGAUUCUCGUGUGGUCAACCGCAGACGAGGAAGGAAUCAAGCGACUUGUAGAAUCCUGGAAGCCGUUUCUAUCGGAUAAAAUCAACGCCGCAGUCACUUCCAAUGGCGGAGCUAUGCUAUUGGAGAUCCCUUGGGGGAUCUGGGAAGUCUUCCAGACCAUUUUGUGCCUGCAAUCAAAUCUACCGACGACCCUCGCAUCGCGUUCUUAUUCACUGGAGUAUGACUAUAAUAAAGCGGAGACAGCCGAGGCUGACCGUUCACAGCAAGGAGCUCAGUGGCACGCAAUGGGACGCGAGCUGUUACAUCGGUAUCGUGUAUUCGCAGACAGCCUCGCAGAGUCCGCAAAGUACCUGAAAACACUAGGGUGCACCUGGGAUCUGCUAAACGAGCUAGAAAAGUCAGCAUCUGAUACCAACGUGAAUAAUCCCGCUUAUGGCCAACCUCUAUCGACUGCUCUUCAGGUCGCCCUUGUUGAUCUACUUGACAGCUGGGGAGUUAUCCCGACGGCAGUUGUAGGACACUCCUCCGGAGAAAUUGCUGCUGCGUACUGCGCCGGAGGUCUUACAAAGCAAUCUGCGUUGAAAGCUUCAUACUACCGAGGCUUUCUGGCGGCAAAGCUUGAAGAGCUUAGUUCAAUGAGAGGUUCAAUGCUUGCGGUAGGACUAUCCAAGAAGGAUACCCAAGGAUAUAUCGACAGGAUCCAAGAUCCGAGACUGGUCGUGGCCUGCAUCAACAGCCCUAGAAGCGUGACAGUGUCAGGCGACGCUGAGCAAAUUGACGCCCUGCAUGAUCUACUGCAGCAGGAUGAGGUCUUCUCACGCAAGUUAGUAGUCAACGUCGCAUAUCAUUCGGUCCAGAUGCGAGAAAUAGCAAAUGAGUAUCAGUCUGCGAUGGGAACGCUGGAGAAGCCGAGUUGUGAGAAGAAGAAGGCCCCGCUCAUGUUGUCUUCUGUCACAGGCGACUGGGUCUCGAGUCUUGAGCUGACGGACCCGGCAUAUUGGGUGCGGAAUAUGGUGUCUCCAGUGUUAUUCUCAGAUGCUGUGAGCCGCAUCUGUUCUUCUCCAGGAAAGCAGACCAGGAAAAUCGAUGGAAGCCAUCGCUAUCAAAUGGCCAUCAGUCAUCUUUUGGAGAUUGGGCCGCACGCAGCAUUGCAAGGUCCAUGCCGAGAUAUACUCAAGAGCAUCAACAAGCAAGCCGAUAUCCUAUAUCUUUCACUUCUAGUACGGAAUAAAUCUGCUGUGAUGACGACCUUGGACUGUGCAGGUCGCUUGCAUUGCUACGGCUACCCAGUUAAUCUGGGACUGGUCAACACAACUGCUUAUGAUGGAACCAACCAAAGGCGGGUGCUGAGUAACCUUCCUGAAUAUCCAUUCAACCAUUCUUCAUCAUACUGGCACGAAAGCCGGAAAAGCAAGGGCUACAGAUGCAGGAAAUUCGGCCGUCUGGACCUUGUCGGUAUCCCAGAUCCAGACGGCAACCCGAUGGAAGCUACCUGGCGAAACAUUAUUCGGGUAUCUGAGAUGCCGUGGGUCCAAGAUCACAAGAUCAAUAAUACAAUUCUCUACCCGGCGGCAGGCAUGUUGGUCAUGGCGGUGGAAGCGAUCAAGCAGCUGGUUGAGCCGGACAAAGUCAUCGUGGGCUUCAAUAUCAAAGAUGCCGUAUUUUCAUCUGCACUGCAUAUACCUACCCAUGCGGACGGCAUCGAGACAAAUAUACACAUGAAGCGUGUCAGAGAAGGCAAGUCAGAUAGUAGCGGCUGGUACGAAUUUCGGAUAUGUUCGUACGACAACAACACUUGGAUUGAGAACUCCACUGGCACUAUUCAGGCCGCAUUUGAAGCUGGCGAGAUGGGACUAAAUACCAACGGUCAGGUGGAGCGCGAGUGGCAGGAGCAUCUUGUGCAGUCAUAUCAGCAUGCAGCACAUACAUGCGCGGAAUCCAUCGACACAUCUGUCUUCUACGAAGAUAUAUUUGCUUGUGGCUACCAUUACGGGCCGACAUUCAAGGCAAUCACCACUCUCAGAUGCGAUGGUAGGACUAAUGGGCAAUUCAUCUCGGAUGUCCGCACCUACAGAUGGGCGGAUGACGAGAGCUCAGCAGUUGCUCAACCUCAUACGAUUCACCCUACCACAUUAGACGCCGUGAUCCACAUGAUGGCCGGUAUCGUGACAUACGGAGGCCGGAAAAAGUCCGUGGCUGUUCCAACACGGAUCGACCAAGCAUGGAUAUCGAGCAGCGGGUUGAGCCACCCGACAGCGGACAGCAUCAAGGUGCAUGCGAGUUCCCAUAGGUCGGCCGUAGGGGACGCCCGGUAUUCAAUGACUGCAGUUGAUCGGAAAAAGGCUCGUGCACUCCUGACCAUCAACGGCCUUAGAGUCACAGCCCUGGAAAGCUCAGAGAGCCGCAUUUCAGAUAGUAAUCAACUACGGACGGAGAACCUUUGCCACCAUAUAGAAUGGAAGCCUGACCUCAACCUGCUGAACAACCAGGAAAUCCGAGCAUUCUGUGCAAGUGGGGAGCCAGACAGCGAAGAACCAGUCCAGUACUUUACUGAAUUGGACUUCCUUGUUACAACAUACGUUGCCAAAGUCCUCAAGUCGAUCACAGACGUCAAGACCGAUCACCCUCCCCAUAUGGCGAGGUACGUGGAGUGGAUGCUAGAUCAGCAAAAAGCACUAGAGUCUGGCCGCUCUCCGUUUAGUUCUGAAGCAUGGAGGAACCGCAUGAAGGAUGAAAGCUUUGUUAACGAUGUCCAUGCAAAACUCGAGAGAACGAACAAGCGAGGACUGCUUGUGAACACAGUCUGUAGGAACCUUCUCAUGUUCCUUAAAGGAGAAAUCGACCCAAUCGUUUGCCUAUUCGAAGGAAACCUACUCGACGAAUCUUAUUAUGAAAUGGUUCACUCUCUCCCACGUAUUCGUCCAUUCGCUCGGUACCUGGAUGCUCUCGCACACCAGAACCCACACAUGAAGAUCCUUGAAGUUGGUGCUGGAAGCGGCGCUAUGACUCAAUUCUGCCUUCAGGUCCUUUGCACGAACUCGGAAAACGACACCACGGCACCUCGCUAUGGACAGUGGGACUUUACCGAUAUAUCUGGGUCUUUCUUCGCGAAGGCGCAAGACUCCUUUGCAUCUCAAGGCAAGCGGAUGAGGUUCAAGAUGCUGGACAUUGAGCAAGAUCCUGGACUGGAGGGCUUCGAGUGUGGAACAUAUGACAUGGUUGUUGCAUUUCUGGUCUUACAUGCUACAAAAGAUCUGUCUGCGAGUCUGAAGAAUGUCCGCAAGUUGCUGAAGCCGGGUGGAAAGCUUGUGCUCGCCGAAAUCACCCGACCGGGUGCUAUCCGGACAACCUUUGUCUUUGGCUUGUUUGAAGGGUGGUGGCGAGGACUCGAGCCCUACCGCCAGAAGAAUCCAUGCGCGGACUCUGGCCAAUGGGAAAGACACUUGAAGGAAGCCGGAUUCUCGGGCUGCGAUGUCGUGAUCGACGACUAUACCCACGAGGACUGUCAGGAGGCUAGUCUGAUUCUCUCGACUGCCGUUCAUGAUGCGUCCACGGUGGAAAACUCGCCGACAAUCAGUAUCAUCAUUGAUCCUGCUAAUUACGCGCAAGUAGAAUUGGGGGCUGAACUCGAAGCCCAGCUCAGGCGUGUGGGAUUCGCCAAUAUAACGCAGACGCCAGUGGAACAUUUCCUGAAGGGGGAAGAUCACACAAAUAGUCUGGAUAUCACCCUUUUGGAAGGUUACAGUCCCUAUCUGUACGAUAUAAAUGAGCAAGAGUUCAAGCGUCUGCAGAGCUUGCUUGCUUCUACGAGGAACCUUAUCUGGGUAAAUGGUGGAGGUGGACAUCAGCCAUGUCCCAAAUAUCGACUCGUGGACGGACUGUUUCGAGUCCUCAGGGAGGAGAAUCACAGAACAAGACUGACAAUCCUCUCCCUGGAACAAAAGGCGUCGACAAAGCACCAGGCCCAGCAGAUUGUCAAACUAGCGCACUCUGCCUUGACUCAGGAAAGUGGCAUCGAGACAGAUUACAUAGAGCUAGACGGCAUGCUUCACGUCGGCCGCCUAAUUCGUGCCACUCUAGUCAAUCAUGCUAUUUCGGCGAAGAAGCUUCCUCAACGGAGGGCAUUACGACCUUUCGGUGCUGACCCUCGGCUCAGACUUGAGAUCGGCUCCCCUGGUCUGUUGAACACGCUCCACUUCGUGGAGGACACUUCACACCAGAAGCCCCUCGGACCUACAGAAUUCGAAGUUCAAGUUAAGAGUGUCGGCCUUAAUUUUCGGGACGUGCUGAUUGCCCUGGGACGACUGGACAGCGAGGCGCUGGGGGCUGAGUUUGCAGGACUAGUUACAAAAGUUGGAUCCUCGUGCCGCAAGUUUCAGCUGGGAGACAGGGUUUUGGCGUGUUAUCCCAGUCGUCACGCAAACUUUGUCCGUCUAGAAGAAAACAUGACGGUCAUAAGGAUUCCGGACACUAUGCUCUCCUUUUCGGAAGCCGCAGCUUUGCCAGUCGCUUAUGCCACGGCGUGGAUCGCGCUUAAUGAAAUCGCUCGACUCCAGCCGGGCGAAGCAAUUCUUAUUCAUUCAGGUGCUGGAGGAACGGGACAAGCCGCCAUCCAGAUUGCUCAGCUCCUCGGUGCGAGUAUCUUCACGACUGUCUCCAGCGAGAAUAAAAAGCAGUUUCUUGUGGAGAAGUACAACAUUCCGGAGGACAAUAUCUUCUCGAGUCGGAACACCCUAUUCGCGAAAGGCAUCAAGCGCCUAACAAAGGACAAAGGCGUAGACGUGGUCCUCAAUUCGUUGUCUUCUGAGGGGCUUAUCGCCUCUUGGGAGUCGAUCGCACCGUACGGUCGAUUCAUCGAAAUCGGGAAGAACGAUAUUCUAUCCAACUCGAAGCUUCCAAUGUUGCGAUUCGAGCAGAAUGUAACUUUUGCUGCGGUUGAUCUGGCCGCGAUGACAGUGGAUCGCCCACAUGUUGUGACAGCGGCAUUGGAAACUAUCCUAUCAUUGCUAAAAGAAGGGAAGAUCUCCCUUCCGGAUCCACUUCAAGUCUAUGGCAUCUCAGACAUUGAAGCUGCAUUUAGGCAAAUGCAGAGUGGCAAGAACUCAGGAAAGGCUGUUCUGGAGAUGAGAGCUACAGACGAGGUAGUGACCGUCCUGGCAACGAGGCCAGAGUACUUCUUUAGCCCCGAGGAGACAUAUCUCAUCGCAGGUGGCCUAGGCGGCUUAGGGCGGAACAUCGCUCGCUGGUUUAUCGAGAGGGGAGCUCGAAAUCUGAUUCUACUCUCACGAUCGGGGCCUCGGAACCCACAUGCUCAUGACCUGGUUAGGGAGCUGGAAGCCAAAGGCGCAAGAGUUGUUACGCCCGCGUGCGACAUAACCGACAAGGAAGGCUUGAAAGCCGUCUUGUUCGAGUUUAGUCAGACGAUGCCUCCAAUCAAAGGUUGCGUCCAAGCAUCGAUGGUCGUUAGUGAUGCGCAUUUCGAAGGUAUAUCUUUCGAAUCUUGGAAAGCUUCUACCACGCCUAAAGUCCAAGGCUCAUGGAAUUUACACGAGCUUCUUCCCAGAGGAAUGAAUUUUUUCGUCUUAAUGUCGUCUGUUGCUGGAAUAUAUGGCGCACGAGGAGCAUCUGGUUACGCCGCUGGAAAUACGUUUGAAGACGGCCUAGCCCGUUACCGCAUUGCACUGGGUGAGAAAGCUGUGUCGUUUGACCUUGGGAUGUUUCUGUCCGUUGGUGUCUUAAAAGACAACCUGGCUCUCCGAGAAAAGAUGUUGGCCAGUACCGUCUUCCACCAAAUCACAGAGUCUGAUCUCCACGCGCUCCUGGAUAUCUACUGUAACCCAAGUCUGGACGAAAUUCCAUUGUUGAGAAGUCAGACGGUGGUUGGAAUGACCCCCAAACUGCGCGAGAAAGGCAUGACAACCACCGAAUGGAUCAAGCGACCAUUCUACCAGCAUAUGACAUUGGUCGAAGGGACGGACGCUGGCAUUCCUGGGAAGGCGGAGCAUACCAAUUUUGCUGCUCUCUUCGCAAACGCUGGAUCCGCAGUCGACGUCACCGCAGCAGUGACAGAGCAGCUGAAGAUCAAGCUCUCCAAGAUGCUCUCAUUACCUCUGGCUGAGAUAGACGUCGACAAGCCCAUACACCAGUACGGAGUCGAUUCCCUGGCGGCAGUGGAACUGCGGAACUGGUUCUCCAGAGAACUCCGCGCAGACGUCGCCGUUUUCGACAUCCUUGGGGGCGCGAACAUUGCCUCCGCUGUUGGACUCGCCGUUCAGAAGAGUGACUACCGAAGAGCAGAAUGGGGAUCUUGA